UUGUAUGAGCAAAAGCAGAUACCUGAUGCCUGAUAAAACCAUUCGAAAUUUUCCGGGAUUUCUUCGCAACAGCCAAGGUGUUUUAAAUCAGCUUCCCAAAUGUCAAAAAUAACAUCCAGCAUGGUGGCGUGAAAAGAGCUAUGACGGCACCUCUAUGAUAUAGACACCUUGGUUCGUACCACGAAGAUUUGUUAUUAAAAAUAGUUAGGUAAUAAAUUCGGUAUUCCGUUACUAAAUAAGUGAAAAUCCCGUGCUCAGGAUGUCCCUUCUGGUGCGUUCGUGUCGCUCCUCAAAUCUGUUCAACAUCCUGAAACGGACCAUCCACUGUUCUUCGGCCGAUUGCCAACGGAGGUGCUAUAAACAACGCCUUAACAACCACGCCGGUUUCUCAGCGAUAACGUUUCACCCAGUGGUUUCAUUAUACAACCAUCAACCACUGUGUGGAAAGUCGACCGGUAAGGCCAGUAGUAGUCGCCGUGGUCAAUCUAAAAAGCCACCGAUCGAUGAUGAAGAGGAUGCUGAAGACGACGAGAACGAUUCUGCGGCGUACGAAGAGCUGAUCGGUGAUAAGCACAGCCGUUUGGUUAAAGUCACGGUCAAUUCGCUUCGCGCGGAUGUCCUUCUGAAGGCAGGCCUAGGGAUUGCGCGCAACAAAGUGGAGGCACUGUUCUACGAGAGUAAGAUACGAGUGAACGGAAAGAAGCUGCUGAAGAAAAGCUCACAAUUGGAGCAGGAGGACGAAAUUGAUGUGAUACGAGGUCCGAGUCCCAACAACCCAGACUAUUUGAUCGUGUGCCGCGUCGAAAUACUGUCCGUAGAACCGCGCACCGAAAAUCUACGCGUUACCCUGCGCCGGCAGAAUUCGCUUGUUAUUGAAAACUAUCCAGAAUCCCUCAGCAAAUGAGGUAACUAGUGACU